AUGUUAGAAAAGGUACAAGUCCUUAGAAUAGGUUUGGGACUCAAGCAUAAUGGAAUCAAAUUGAGAGAUGUUCAACUUUGGCGAGAUGAACAAACAAUGAACAAUGGCAACCAGGGCGAGAAAGAAAUUACUUUAAAGGGUGAGUUCAUCAGCUAUAUUGAUUUAAGGAAAGUACCACUUUGGCUCAUGCUCCCUGCUACCAUGAAGGAGAAGAAUUUUUGCUUUACUAAUAGCACAACAACAUUGGCAUAUUUCAAUUCUAAAUUAAGAUACCGCCAUCGUGGUAUCAUUAUUGAACUUGCAGAUGGGAACGGCGAUGAUAAAUUUAUAGUGAUGUACAAGGAUCAAAACAACGUUCGAUGGUUUUGUUUCAACAUUAAGCUUAAAGAGAAUAUCGAUGCCCAAAUACGAGAGAAAUACAAGUUAAAUGACGAUGGCGAUGAUAAGAAAAAGGGUAUAGAUACUGCUAUUCGUCAAUCACAGGAAAGUAAAUUGAACAUAAGGAGAAAUGCAGAUUCCAUAAAGAAGAAAGUGCAUUUCAAUGAAGUGGUGACCAAAUUGAUUCUUGGUGGACUAAGACUGAGAGGUGUCCCAAAUACAAACUCUGGGUUCCAUAAAUUAUACAAGAUGACUUUUCAAGCCACAGAGUUUGCUCACAGAGACGACCAUGAUACGGUUCCCUUUGAAGAGCUACAAGAAACUGUGGAAACGUUGUUAAAGUUGUUCACCAAGUCUUAA